AUGGAUCCUCCUCUGGAGAAGACGGAGACCACCAAAAGUGGCUCAAGAUCUUACAUGAACAGUUUGCACACUGCUGUAGGGGAGCUUCGAAAGAAACGUGCACAGGUUGAGUACGCAGAAGCAGAUCUCGAGGUCAAACGAGCCAAUGUUGUCUACUUUGAGCGGAUGGUUGAGCUUCAGAAGGGAGGAUUCAUUCCACCGGUGGGCAGUCUCCAAGUGCCAUUACAGCCAGAUGUUUCGGUUUUUCCAUCUUCCAAACGUAAAGGUGCUCAGAAUCCAGGUGGAAGGAAAUUCCAGAGGACUCUUUUCCCGGGUCUUUCGCUCCAGAGCAGUUCACUUAUGGUGACAAAAGAUUCAUCUUGCAAUCUGGAAUGCUGGUCUCUGGGGAUGUCAGCCAGCGGAGAGCGCUAUAAAUUCUGCAGAAGAGCAUCCGGUGGCCAGAGAGCAGGCAACCACUAUUAUGCAGUGGACUCCCUGUACUAUGAAGUCGUGGACAUCGAUCACUCCUCACAAGAUCCCCCUCCAAUGGAGUUUCAGAAACACCUCUGGGCGGCAGGAUUCAAAUACGAAGACCCACCACAAGAUCUAACCCAGAAACCACCACCAUCUGAACAUGAGUCAAAAGCAAAAGGAACAAGUCAAUCCCUGGAUCAAAGGGAUGAAAUGAGCACAAGCAGUGGAAGCAGCAGUGACAGUGACGGAGACGACCACAUACCAGAGCCAGAGGGAUCAAAACAUGGCAAACUCAAAGCCUAUGUCCAGAAAGUCGAAAAGGACAGAAAGGAAACCCUGAAAAGGGAAAACUUGGAAAAAAAACGUGCUGGUAAGACUUCCGCUUCAAAGAAGCCUACCGAAAAGAAAGACCCAAAGCCACCAAAAAAGUCUAAGUCUGUAACGAACAAAUCCAAGUCCCCUCCAAAGAAGUCAAAGUCUCCUCCCAAGAAAGCUUCAGUCAAGACUAAGCGAAAGCUUCCCAAGAAGCCAGAGUCUCCCAAGGAACUCCCUGCCAAAGUCAAGAGAAAGAAAAAGGUCAAGGUCAAAACAAUGACAGAGGUGGAGGCAGCACCUCCAAAGAAACGGCGCACUGGGAACAGCAAUUCGUCGAGGAGAAGCCCGGCAAAUCUGGGAUGGUCGUACCAUGAUAGUACCCUGCCUGGGGAAGAUUUCUAUUGUCGAAACUGUACAGGCAGGAUAGCUGUGAUGGAUCCUUUCCUCACCCACAGAGUACGUCGAAAUGAAGAUGGUGAUGACGACGAUGAUGGUGAACUGAAAGAGUUUCAAUACCAUACGGGUUUCUAUUGCCUUGGCUUUCCCUUGGAGGAUAGAGAGAGUUUCCUGGCUGCUGACUUUGGUGAUGGUCGAGGUCCCACGCUGCAAAACUUUUGCGAGGAUUACUGGAGAAAAACGAAACAGUACUUGAGGAAGUCCUCUGGUAAAAGUGAGGCUGGGGAAGAUGAUGAGAUCCAAGAUGAGGCUGAUUGA